GUGGCUGACGCAUACAACCCUGUAAAAUAUGGUACCAAUUAUUUAUAGCAACAUAAAGUAUAGUAACAUUUUAAAAAAUUUCUUAAAUAAUUCCGAAAUAGUGGGGUCGUGAUACGUUAUCGUACUGAUCAUUCAUGAAUUAUAAUAAUGACAGAUUUAAAGAAAAUACUAACGCCAAAUGCUGUAUUUGCUGUAGCUAAACGUACAUGGGGAUAUGAUAUGGAUUUUUACAGCGGAUCUUCAGUCAGAACAGCAAUAGCGAACAAACAACCACGUUUACUUAGUGCAGAUAUACCAAUUUAUUCGUCGAGAGUUACUAUAUAUCAAAAUACAAACGCUGAUACCCUCUACGCUAACCCCGUAGAAUAUCCCAAUGAGAAAGAGGAUGAUGAUGAUAAGAAUACAUUGGUAGAUGAUGAUGCAUCACUAGCUGGAAAAGAUGCUUUCGAUAAGGACGAUUUAGAUGAUAAGUCAGUUUUAGAAGACGAUACACAGCCUGUGUUUGAGAUGAACGGAAAACACGCAGUAACUACAGCUUACCGUAGUAAAUACAUGCGAUCAAAGUAUACCGUUGAAGUUAUAGGAUACGAUAAACCUGUAACUCUAGAAAGAGGCAGUCACUAUCUCUCCAUCAAGAAGAAAUUCGAGUUAGGCGACGUGCAAUACAUGGUUUUUGGGAAAAAGAACACCAUUUCUAUCAAAAAUGUCAAAACAGAUGAUGUUAUCUGCACAUUUGAUAUACCAAGAAUGUCUAAACGCAAAGCAGGGGUUUUAAGACUAUCGAUGAGUGGUGAGAGCUCAUUAUAUGAACGUUUAGCGGUAUUAUCCGUCAUGAUAGUGUUAAGUUCAUCUAUGAAUUGCUGCAUGCUAGCUGGGAGGGUGCGAUUUAUGCUGGUAUACAAAAUGGUAUGGCAAAGGCAACGUCAUCCAAAAAUAAAUACUAGGGCCUCUGCCUUAACACUCGUACAUAGGACGAUACAAACAUACAUCAAGUUAUACUCUUGAGGCUAUUCGUAACUAAAUUCGCAAUUCACUUUGUA